AACAAAUGCAUGGCAUGAUGGCACAGGGCAAGUCGCACUCGCGCCGAUCCCAUCAAACGGCGGGGGAGUCGCACCAGCAAAGAGCUAGAGCAGCUUUAGGUUCCACCAUGGACUCUCUCCAGAAUGCAUUCACCAGCAUGCACCUCCCACCGAGUAGUCCUUUCGUGACCAAGCCAGUCAUGAAGCCCAAGUUGAACCCGAACGCCGCAGCGUUCACGCUACCAAUCGGCACCGCAACGUCCGCACCAGCCCCAGCUCCCAUAUCACAAAUGUCUCGAAAGCCUCGAGCCCCACCCCGGACUAAAACCAGAUCCACGGGUUCAGCAGGUAGCCUAGGCCAACCCAAACCGACCAAGCCAUCCAAAGUAGACGAAGGAUCAUCGACAGACAAGCCGAAACGACGAGCAAAUGUCCUCAAGGACGGUUCCCGCACAGUAAUUGGCCAUCGGAAGCGAUCGCAGUUGUCGUUGACGACGCCUGGAGCAUCCACGAGUCUCCUGCCCACGACAACGAAUCUGCCAACACCCCCAAAGCCGUCGAAAAAGCCUCCGCGCCGCAAGCUUCACAUCGCUAGGCGUCCACGAAGCAACAGCAAUGGCGGGAGUGGCUCCGGGUCCGAGUCCGACAACGACAAGGACGAGGCGUACCCAGAACCCGCCACCCUAGUCAAACAAAGCGCUUUUACAGAUCGCCUGGCGCUCGCCGUGCCGCAGAAGCGCAUUCCAAAGCGGGUCACGCGUGAAGCUGUAGUAGACACCGUCUUCAAAGCGCUGUUUGCCACUCCGCACGGAAAACCUCAUGUUCGUGUGAACGAUGACAACACAGGGAGCGAGUCCGACACUGGCCCCAACGAAACAUUUGUCAAGCGGGGGCUGGCGGCGACGCUGUUCAAGGACGAUGUCCGGCUCAACUUGGACACGAAGCAGUCGCUAGACCAGUACAUCACUCCAACGCUGAUCCAUUCGCUGAUCACGGAACUCCGCUUUGAGGACUUUCGAACGUCCAGCGCGAGGCUGCACAUCCUCCGCGCGAUCCACAAACACUUGCCCAUGCGACGGAUGCACAUUGCGCAAGCCCUCGUGGACGCGACGUCGAUGCGGCUGCAGUACGUUCAAGCUGUGCAUGCCGAAGCGUAUGAGACGGGCAAGGAGCUCCAAGCCGGGGGCACGUCCCAAUUUGAUCAUGGCCACACGUGGACCGAGUUUCUCCGAUAUGCCAUCGAGCACAUGGCAAUGGCGGGCGAAGACCCGACGGUCCUGACCAACUACGCGCGGUCGUGGAUUUAUCUGUGCAAGUGCCAUCACUUGGAUUCGACUGGCACCGAUACCGACGACCUCGUCGGCGUUGCCGGCCAGUUUGUUGCGUACGUUCCACACAUGGCGUGGGACUUGAUCCGACGGCUGCUCCUCCACGGAUGGCCCCUUCGUAUGCCAUCUCAGCAAGUGUUUGCCAUUCGCAGUCUGGCGCGCUUGAUGAUGGCCGCCCCGCGCCAACCGAGUCACGCGCGCGACACGACGCUGCCACUUGUGUUUCAGCGACUGGCACAGUGCAUGGCCGCCCCCCACAUCGCGGUCGCCAAGGAAGCCCUCGCAUUUGCCGGAUGCCAAUUCAUCCUCGUCCACUUUGUCCAGGAUUCGCACGACGUGUACACGAUGCUAUCGGGCGCGUUCUACAAAACGUCCAAGACCCACUGGCACGAGAGCAUCCGCACGCUCGCAGCGACGCGCUUUGACGACAUUUUGGAUUUUGCACCAUAGAAACAGAUCGAUGUGGCUUCGAGCUCCACAUCGUCCUCCCACCAUAGAAACCAACAACCAAAAACGUCGUCUACACCAC